AGGAGAAAGCUGUGUGCGGCAAUUGCGCAGAAUGGCUUGUAAACAAGCGGUGCCCAAGUUUUUGGUUGUCUGAGGCUCUCUCUUUUUUCAAAUCUUCUCCUUAUUUCUAUUUCUUCUUCUUCUCUCUCUCAUGGCUUCCACAUUUUGGAUGAGAAAUGAUCAGAAAUCAUCAGAAAAACGCUUCUUCUACCAAGAAAUUACUCUUUCUUAUCACUUGUGCCGGUCUUCUUGGAGCCGCUCUCAUUGCAGAUCUGCUUUGGACAUCGUCUUCCUCUUUGUCUUCUUCCUAUUCUUCCAUUGCAUCAACUUGGGCCAUCGGCAGAACUAAGCUUUUUGUUAUACCGGAUCCAUCCACUGCCAAUGCUACCCAGGUAGAUGAGAAGGAGAUUGAUUCUAGGAAAUUCUUAACCGGAACUUAUUUUGAUCUACCUGCACCUGAUUUAGAAUGGGAGGAAGUACCUUCAGCACCUGUUCCUCGUCUUGAUGGGGCAUCGAUUCAGAUUAAGAAUAUCUUUUACGUGUUUGCAGGAUAUGGAAACAUCAGUUAUGUGCAUUCUCAUGUGGACAUGUUCAAUUUCUCUGAUAAUACAUGGAUUGGGAAGUUUGACAUGCCAAAAGAGAUGGCACAUUCACACUUAGGAGUGGCAAGUGAUGGUAGAUACAUUUAUGUGGUAUCAGGACAAUAUGGACCCCAAUGCAGAGGGCCUACCGCCCGGACAUUUGUGCUUGACACUAAGACGAAGAAAUGGAACGUCAUGCCUCCACUACCUGCUCCUAGAUAUGCUCCAGCAACGCAAUUAUGGAGAGGAAGACUUCAUGUGAUGGGUGGUAGUAAGGAGAAUCGCCACACACCUGGAUUGGAGCACUGGAGCAUUGCUGUAAAAGAUGGAAAAGUAUUGGAGAAGAAGUGGCGGAGUGAAGUACCCAUACCCCGUGGAGGACCACACAGGGCCUGUGUUGUGGUCAACGAUCGGCUUUUUGUUAUUGGUGGUCAAGAAGGUGACUUCAUGGCUAAACCUGGUUCACCUAUUUUUAAGUGCUCCCGUAGGCAUGAGGUUGUUUAUGGUGAUGUUUACAUGCUGGAUGAUGAAAUGAAAUGGAAAACAUUUACUCCCAUGCCAAAACCCGAUUCUCAUAUUGAGUUUGCUUGGGUUAUUGUCAAUAAUUCCAUUAUCAUCACCGGCGGUACAACAGAAAAGCAUCCAAUUACCAAGCGAAUGAUCUUGGUUGGGGAGGUCUUCCGAUUUGAUUUGGAUUCAUUUACUUGGUCAGUGAUUGGAAAGCUCCCUUACCGUAUAAAAACAACGCUAGCUGGUUUUUGGGAUGGAUACUUGUACUUCACCUCAGGGCAGCGGGACCGUGGACCUGAUAAUCCACAGCCGAGAGCAGUCGUAGGAGAUAUGUGGAGAACCAAGCUAAAAAUUUAAGCAUGGUUUAAUUUUUCUUACUGAUGUGUUGUAGGGUUAGCAUUUUUUUUGGUGUUGGUAAAAGUUGGUUACAUGAUUUCACAUUUAGGAGGCGUUUGACCCAAGUUGGGUUAGAUGGGUAAAAAAAUCCACCCAUUGUUUGAUUCACCAAUUAUUAAAGAGGUUUAUUACUUCGUUAUUUGCGUUAACUCA